AUGGCCACCGCUGCCGGACCGCCGCCUCUCACGGGCAUCAAGGUCCUCGAGUUUGCCGGCCUCGCUCCAGGGCCCUUCUGCGGCAUGCUCCUCGCCGACGCCGGCGCCUCCGUCCUGCGCAUCGACCGUGCACCCCGGGGCGGCCCCGGCGGCGGCUCCACGCCCGUCUCGCAGGACACGCUCACGCGGCACAAGGCCUCUCUGGCCGUGGACCUCAAGUCGCCGCGCGGGAUCCGGCUCGUGCGCUCGCUCGUCGCGCGCGGCGCCGACGUGCUCAUCGACCCGUUCCGCCCGGGCGUGCUGGAGCGCCUCGGCCUCGGGCCCGACGACCUGCUGCCGCUCAACCCGCGCCUCGUCUACGGCCGCCUGACCGGCUACCGCCGCGACGGCCGCUACCGCGACAUGGCCGGCCACGACAUCAACUACCUCGCCGUGUCGGGCGCCCUGGGCCUGCUCGGCCGCGACGGCGACACCCCGCACCCGCCCGUCAACCUGCUGGCCGACUUUGCCGGCGGCGGCGCCACCCUCUUCCAGGGCAUCCUCCUCGCGCUGCUGUCGCGCGCCUCCACGGGCCGCGGCCAGGUCGUCGAGGCCAACAUGGUCGACGGCGCGUCCUACCUGGCCACCUUUCCGCGCUUCAUGCUCAAGAGCCCGCUCGGCGGGAGGGGUCGCGGCCGCAACCUCCUCGACGGCGGGUGCCCGUACUACGACACCUACGCCACCAAGGACGGGCGCUACGUCUCCGUCGGCGCCCUCGAGCCGCAGUUCUUCGACGCCCUGCUGCGCGGGCUGGGUCUCGAGGGCCAGGGCUGGGAGUCGCGCCGCUACGACCCGGAUGAGUGGCCCGCCCUGCGCCGCGUCCUGACUGACGUCUUCGGCAGCAAGACGCGCACCGAGUGGGAGCGGGUCUUUGACGGCACAGACGCCUGCGUCGCCCCCGUCCUCGAGUACGCGGAGCUCGAGACGGAUCCCGCGCGUGAGGGCGACCAGCGGCCCGCCGUCACCCUGCGCGCCACGCCCUGCCUUGCCGUCAAGCAGCAGGGUGACGCGCCCGGCGACCCUGCCACCUACGGCCAGGGACGCGGCGUUCCAGGCGACGGCUACGAGGGCGCCGCUCUGGCGCCUGGGGAGGGCGCUGAGGAGGUGCUCGGGGGCUGGUUUGGGUGGACCAAGGGCAAAGAUUACGAUGUCACGGAUGGGGCAUAUGAGUUGGCCAGCUCAGACUCCAAGUUAUAA